GUGCAGCUGUCUUCUGACUCUAGCUGCAGCGUUGGGGAAACUGUCUCAUGAACCACCUCUCACAUUUCAGCGCCUUGUUCUGUGUUGGCCUGAAAGUGGUUUUUCCUCCUUCUCUUUUGCCGACUCUUCUUCUAUAAGGUCCCUUCUCUCCGAGGCUGCGCCAAUCAGUGUAGGACUCUUCAGCACAUGACUGCCCUGCCAUGGCAUUCUCCUCACGCUUUGCAUUCUGGGAGCAAAAGGUUAAAGAAGAAGACAAACCGUUAAAGAAAAAAAAUGGCACUGCUAACCAGAAUGGAUCUUCUGACACAGAAACAGUGAACGGUGAAGGGGAACAAUCUAGCACAGAAUCUACAUCCCCGAGAAGUUCACUAGUUAAUAGCCCAUUAAGAGCAAGGAGUCCUGAACCAACUCACAGCCCAGAACCAAGACCAAAUCCACAACGAUUUAAGAGUCCAGAUAGAUUCUACAGUUCAGAAAGGGUGACCAGCCCAGCACCUGUGCUGAAUGGUGAUACAAAGCAGUCUGAAGAGAAGAUGAGUGGUACCAUGGUCAGAAAAGAAACUGAAAAGAUGUCUCACACAGAACAGUCUGAUGAGACACCUGGAGUCACUAAGAAAAAAGUGGUAAAGGUGGUAAGGAAAAUUGUGAAAAAAGUAAUGCCAGAGGAUGUAGGGAGUAAAAAUGAAGUCUCCAAGUCUCCAAACCAAAGCCUGGAUGUUAAAAACGUUGCACCAACCUCUGUUACUCCGACACCUCCCACACCAAAGACAGAAACAAAGAAAGAGAAUCCAAAGGAUGACAUUUCAGUAGGGCUCACAAGCCUUAUGUCGAGGGGGAAAACAAAAGAACAUCGACAGCGAUUAAAACCACCUGACAAGAAGGAUGAAAAGGCAGACAAUGUAGUUUCACCAGUUCCUCCACCUGAAAAAUCUCCUGAAAAAUCAACACCUUCAGAUCCCGUGGGGAAAAAAAUCAUUAAUAAAGAGGACAUUGUUACAGUGAAGCCAACAAGUCCAGAAUUACCCAGCCAACCCACACAGAAACCUGGGAUUGUAACAGAGCCUCUCAUUAAGAAGGCCAACCUACCCACCAGAAUGCAGAAGCAACUGCCUUCUCUUAUCAUCAAAGAUCAAGAGAGAGAGAUGUCAGGACAGGGUAUCACUGCUGCUUCCCAGCGGACGCCAGCAGAAGAAGCACAGACACGGCUGGAAAGAAUCUUCAUGGCAUCUCUGGACCCUGCAGCCUCUGCCUCUGCUCCACUGAGCCAGAGUACUACUGCCGAAAUAUCCGCUUCGCCUUCAAGCUCAAACAAUAUUCUGCCCCAGGCUAAAACAGAAGAGCAGAUCUCCGCAGAGCAGAACUGGUACGAGACGGAUAAGGUCUGGCUUGUGCACAAAGAUGGCUUCUCUCUAGCCAAUAAGGUUAAUGCAGAAAACAGCGGCCUCCCAGAAGGAAAAGUGAAAAUACGGCUGGAGCAUGAUGGGAGUCUGCUCGAUGUGGACGAAGAUGACGUGGAGAAGGCAAACCCUCCAUCUCACGAUAGGGUGGAGGAUCUGGCCUCCCUUGUUUACUUAAAUGAAACCAGUGUACUACACACAUUGCGACAGAGAUAUGGUGGGAACCUGAUCCACACGAAUGCUGGUACAUCCAUGGUCAUCAUGAAUCCCAUGAGCUCACCCUCCAUAUAUUCUGAGAAGGUAAUGCACAUGUUCAAAGGAUGUCGCCGAGAGGACACAUCGCCUCAUAUAUACGGUGUGGCACAAGCUGCUUACUGGAACAUGUUAAUGACUCGCCAGGACCAAUCCAUCGUCUUACUUGGGAGCAGCGGAAGCGGCAAAACAACUAGUUGCCAACAUGUCAUCCAGUAUCUGGCAACUGUUUCUGGGAGCACUGGAAAGAUCUUAUCAGCAGAGAAGUGGCAAGCUGUAUAUACCAUACUGGAGGCAUUUGGCAAUAGUAGCACGGGUUUGAAUGGAAAUGCCACUCGCUUCUCUCAGAUCAUCUCGCUAGACUUUGACCAGGCUGGACAGGUGGCUUCUGCCACCAUACAGACUAUGCUGUUGGAGAAACUGAGAGUGGCCAGACGUCCAGAACAUGAAGCUAGUUUUAACGUCUUCUACUAUCUUCUGGCUGGAGCUGACAGCGUUUUGCGGACGGAGCUCCAUUUAAACCACAUAGCUGACCACAACGUCUUUGGGAUUGCACCUUCAAUUAAGGCUGAAGAAAAGCAGAAGUCGGCACAACUAUUUGGAAAGCUACAAGCAGCUAUGAAAAUCCUGGGAAUUUCUGGAGAGGAACAGAAGGCCAUUUGGCUAAUACUGGGAGCCAUUUACCACCUGGGGUCAGCUGGAGCUACCAAAGAAGCAGAUGAAGGUGGUAGAAAGCAAUUUGCCAGGCAUGAGUGGGCACAGAAAGCAGCAUACCUCUUGGGCUGUUCCUUAGAAGAACUUUCCUCCUCCAUAUUUAAGCAUCAACCUAAAAAUAGUGGCCUACAGAAGUCGACAUCAUUCCGCCAAGGUCUGGAUGAUGGGAGUCAGAGCGAUGGCUCAGGUUCCAAGCUGACUGCUCUGGAUUGCCUAGAAGGCAUGGCAUCUGGCCUCUACUCUGAGCUUUUUACACUGCUCAUCUCUCUGCUAAACAGGGCUUUGAAAUCUAGCCAACAUUCUCACUGUUCCAUCAUGAUUGUGGAUACCCCUGGCUUUCAGAAUCCAGAGCUUGUCAAGCAAGGACGAGGAGCAACAUUUGAAGAACUUUGUCACAACUAUGCCCAGGAGAGGCUACAAGCACUUUUCCAUGAGAAAACCUUUGUUCAGGAGCUUGAACGAUACAAAGAGGAAAAUAUAGAGCUUGCUUUAGAUGAUAUUGAGUCCAGUACAUCUGGCUCAGUAGCUGCUGUAGACCAAGCAUCGCAUCAAACACUGGUGAGGUCUCUUGCUAGAACAGAUGAGGCUAGAGGGCUUUUGUGGUUACUGGAGGAAGAAGCAUUGCAGCCUGGUGGCAACGAAAACACCCUAUUGGAACGUCUCUUCUCUUACUAUGGACCACAAGAAGGAGAGGAGACAGGUAAGAAACCUCUUCUUCGAAGCAACAAGGAUCGACACUUCUUGCUGGGUCACUGCUAUGGCACCAACUGGGUGGAGUACGAUGCUACCGGGUGGUUGAACUACGUGAAGCAGAAUCCAGCGUCCCAGAAUGCUGCUGUUUUGCUGCAGGACUCUCAGAAGAAAAUGAUUAGCAGCCUUUUUGCUGGAAGAACAGGCUCAACUACUGUCCUGUCUGGUUCGGUGGCUGGUUUAGAAGGGGGAUCCCAGCUUGCCCUACGUAGGGCCACUAGCAUGAGAAAGACCUUUACUACUGGUGUGGCUGCUGUAAAGAAGAAGUCACUAUGCAUUCAAAUAAAACUUCAAGUGGAUGCUUUGAUUGAUACAAUCAAAAGGUCCAAGAUUCAUUUUGUUCACUGCUUUUUGCCAAAGGCAGACACCUGGGGCCAUGAUGCCCGGUUAUUAACAGCUGCCCGUGUUGGCUCCAGUGAGUCUGACCUUUCUGGGGAGCGCUGUGAUGCAGAACUCAUGCAGGUGGAUGUUCCUCUCCUGCGAGCACAGCUCCGUGGCUCUCGACUGCUGGAUGCUCUGCGCAUGUACAGGCAAGGUUACCCGGACCACAUGGUGUACUGUGAGUUCAGGCGCCGGUUCGAUAUUCUUGUUCCACACCUAACAAAAAAGCAUGGUCGCAACUACAUAGUAACCGACGAGAAGAGGGCUGUGGAAGAGCUUUUGGAGUCUCUGGACCUAGAGAAGAGCAGUUAUCAUAUGGGACUGAGCAGGGUGUUCUUCAGAGCUGGAACCUUCAUAAAGCUUGAAGAACAGAGGGAUGAGCAGACCCGAAGAACCCUGUCUCUGUUCCAGGCUGCAUGCAGAGGUUACUUGGCACGGCAGCAGUUCAAGAAGAGAAAGAUCCAAGAGCUUGCUAUUCGUUGCAUCCAGAAGAAUAUCAAGAAAAAUAAAGGUGUAAAAAAUUGGCCUUGGUGGAAGCUCUUCAACACAGUCCGACCGUUGAUAGAGGUGCAAUUGACAGAGGACCAAAUUCGUGGAAAAGACGAGGAGAUACAGCAGCUGAAAAGCAGAGUUGAAAAGGUGGAGAAGGAGAGAAAUGAACUGAGAUUGAAUAACGACCGCCUUGAGAGCAGGAUCACAGAGUUGAAUUCUGAGCUUACCGACGAGAGAAACACUGGAGAAUCUGCCUCCCAGCUACUGGAGUCCGAAACUGGUGAUAGGCUACGGUUAGAAAAAGAUAUGAAGGAUCUACAGGCCAAAUAUGAUGCACUGAAAAAGCAGAUGGAAUGCAUGGAAGUGGAGGUAAUGGAGGCCAGGCUGAUACGGGCAGCGGAGCUAAACGGCGAGAUGGAUGACGACGAUUCGGGUGGAGAAUGGCGUCUAAAGUAUGAGCGGUCUGUAAGGGAGAUUGAUUUUACGAAGAAGCGCAUGCAGCAAGAGUUUGAGGAUAAGUUGGAAGUGGAACAGCAAAGCAAAAGGCAGCUAGAACGUCGACUGGCCGAUCUGCAAGCAGAUAAUGAAGAAACGCAGAGAGCCCUGCAACAACUGAAGAAGAAAUGCCAGAGACUCACAGCCGAGCUGCAAGACACCAAGCUACACCUAGAAGGAAAUCAGGGGCGCAACCAUGAACUGGAGAAGAAGCAGAGGAGGUUUGACACUGAACUUGCACAGGCCCAAGAGGAAGCACACCGGGAAAAGAUUCAGAAAGAGAAACUUAGCAGAGAGAAGGACAUGCUAACCUCAGAGGUGUUUAGCCUGAGGCAGCAACUAGAGGAGAAAGACUCCGAAAUCACAAUUUUUACACACAAGAUAGAACAGCUGGAAGCAGAGCUGCAAGACAUCUCUAGCCAGGAGUCAAAGGAUGAGGCAUCCCUGGCCAAAUUCAAGAAACAACUGCGGGAUUUGGAAGCCAAAGUCAAAGAUCAAGAGGAAGAGUUGGAUGAACAGGCUGGAAGCAUUCAAAUGCUGGAACAGUCUAAGUUGCGUUUGGAAAUGGAGACAGAGAGGCUCAGACAAUCCCACACCAAGGAACUUGAGAACAAAGAUGAAGAAGUAGAAGACAUCCGACAAUCCUGCCAGAAAAAGCUGAAACAGAUGGAAGUGCAGUUAGAAGAAGAAUACGAGGAUAAGCAGAAGGUCCUGAGAGAGAAAAGAGACCUCGAAAGUCGAUUAAGUAGUAUGAGUGAUCAGGUUAGCCAGCGUGACUUUGAAACAGAGAAACGCUUGAGGAAAGAUCUGAAGAGGACAAAAGCUCUACUUGCAGAUGCACAAAUCAUGUUGGAUCACUUAAAGAACAACGCUCCCAGCAAGCGUGAAAUUGCGCAGCUCAGAAGUCAGCUGGAAGAGUCUGAAUUUACCAGCGCUGCUGCAGUGAAGGCUAGGAAAUCCAUGGAAGUGGAAAUAGAGGAUCUUCAUCUUCAGAUUGAUGAUGUCUCCAAAGCAAAGACAGCGCUGGAGGAGCAGGUAAGCCGUCUGCAGCGAGAGAAGAACGAGCUAACAAGUCGUAUGGAGGAGGACCAGGAGGAUAUGAAUGAGAUGAUGAAGAAACACAAGGCAGCGGUGGCUCAGUCUUCCCGAGACCUUGCUCAGAUCAAUGACCUACAAACUCAACUGGAGGAAGCCAGCAAGGAGAAACAGGAAUUACAGGAAAAGUUACAAGGUUUACAAAGUCAACUGGAGUUCUUGGAGCAGUCGAUGGUGGAUAAAUCUGUGGUAAGCCGACAAGAAGCCAAAAUCCGUGAGUUGGAGACACGUCUGGAGUUUGAGAGAACACAAGUCAAACGUAUGGAGAGUCUAGUUGCCCGAUUAAAGGAGAACAUGGAGAAAUUGACAGAGGAGAGGGACCAGCGCACUGCAGCAGAGAAUCGGGAGAAGGAGCAGAACAAAAGGAUGCAGAGGCAGAUCCGAGACAUGAAGGAGGAAAUGGGGGAGCUGGCAAAAAAAGAGGCAGAGGCCAGCCGCAAAAAACACGAGCUGGAAAUGGAUUUGGAGAGUUUGGAAGCUGCAAACCAAAGCUUACAAUCAGACCUGAAGCUUGCCUUCAAACGCAUUGGAGACCUCCAGGCAGCUAUUGAAGAUGAAAUGGAGAGUGAUGACAAUGAAGACCUCAUUAACAGUUUACAGGACAUGGUGACCAAGUAUCAUAAACGAAAGAAUAAAAAUGAUGGAGAUUCUGAUGCGGACUCUGAAUUAGAAGACCGAGUGGAUGGGGUGAAAUCUUGGCUUUCCAAGAACAAAAGUUCCUCCAAAGCUUUCUCAGAUGAUGGCAGUUUAAAGAGCUCCAGUCCCCCAUCCUAUAGAAAACCACUAAAUUAUGACAGAUCAGAUGAGGAGCGGGACAACAUUGAGAGCACAUACCGAUCCAAGUACUCCCCACGAAGCUACCUGAGUGAUAGUGACACAGAAACAAAAUCUUCUGAACUGUUGUCCUAAGUGGGAAGCAAAAGCGUGAAUGUGCAAUGCUUAGAAAUGUGAGAGUUCAUCUUGUUCAAAGAUUAAAGAAAAGAGGCUUCUGACGGUGUCCUGGGACUGUCUGUGUUGGUUUCGAGGCUCCCAUGGGAGGAUAUGCAAGCACCUCUCACUAACAAUACACAAGGAUGCCCUGUCUUUGCCCACCACCUCACUGUCUAUCUGCAUGGGCUAAAACUCAGAGGUGGCUUUCAUUGGAUUGUCUUUUUCUGUACAUGCUUAAGGGUGGGUGGGGGAAGGAAUACUGUUAAAUUAUUACUCUGAUCUCCCCAUAUUUUUUCUUUUUCAUUAUUUUUCUCUAUUUUGUUUCUUGGGAAGUGCAGAAUCUAUAGGCUGGGAUUUUGGUUUUCAUUGUCUUACGGCCUUUAAAGUUUUCCAACCAGUCAGCAGAUUCGCACUCAUUGUUCUUGAAUGCCUAUCACGUAGUGUUUCCUGGUUAUUCCUAGGAAAACCACAACUGAAUGGUGCCUUUUCUACCAUAUGGUUACAAGUUCUGGUGUGGAAGAACUUUACAAUACAAUAACUUUGUAGGCCCCAUGUGAUCAUAAUGUACCUUUUUAUUUCCAUAUGUUUAUUAUGUAUAUACACUUUUUUUUCCCCCUCAAUAAUUAUUGCUAAGACAGCAGUCUUUACAACAAAGAUCACUCAGGCUGGCUCUGAUGGGUCGUCCAUAAGACACAAUAGUUCCACAAAGAAGAAGGGAAUGUUCCUGGUUUGUAAAAAAUGCAUUGUCUAGAGGGUAAUAGGAGGUUGAUCUCCUUCUACUGAAACCUGAGGCAGACUAUAUUAAAUUCACAGUAUUCCAUUAAUAGUUGUGCUGUCAUAGUGGAUAUAUUUUGUUACCGUAAGGGUUAUAAUCAAAAUACACCUUUUUAGAAACAUUUUGCAAGCCAAUACCAUCUCAAUGCAAGAUUCUUUCAACACUUCAGAUGUGUAUUUAAAAUAAUAUUCUUGAGAAAAGUAAGUACACAUUUUUAAACUGUGUGGGUGAUGAAAAUAACGAACAUAUAAUUAAAGGAUGCACCUCUGAGAAGAAAAAAAAAGAAGACGACGGGUCUUCUUAGGUCUUCUUCUGACCUGUGAACGAUGUGGUGAACAGUCAUUCUUGCACUUUAAUGAGAACCUUAAAUGUUUUCCUUAUUUAGAUAUAUUCUGAUAUAGCAACAGCUGUUUUCAGCAUACAGACAGCACUUGGAUGUUAUUGCAUGGAUAUAAUAACUCCUCAACAUCCUGGAAGACUAAUGAGCUGUGAUGCAGUUACGUGAAAACGAUAGAUUCAAACUCUUUACAGCUUUAUUGACAACGCUUUGACAAUGGCCAGAGUUAACUCUGUUUCCUGUAAACUGUGCAAUAGAAUCACCUGGAUGUUGCCUGAAAUGAAGAUGCUGCAGUGGAAACUUCGAUUCUUUACCUACUACAAAUAUCCAGUAAUAUACUUGAUUUUUUUUUUUUCCUGAAAUUAGGUGAAUGGACUUUUAUUGUUAAUUUUAAUAUGUGAAACUGUGCAGGACAACCUAAAUAUUUGCUCUAGUUCCAAAAAAAACCAAAACCUUCCAAAAUAAAGACACAACCUGUGUAUAUCCCUGGGGAGCAUGAAUCCCACAUGAUUGGUGGAGCGUGGGGGUGUAUGUAUCUAUACUUUGGAUGUGCUUGAUCAAAAUGCAGCUUUUUUUAUUAAUUGCGUGGAGAGUAAAAUAAAACACAAGAUCUGCUUCUGUG